AUGGCCUACACAGCAUUCAGCUCGUUACCCGGCUUGCGUUACGGCGUUGUUUCAGAUUUGCGAACGCACUGUUUGAUGAACGGAUUGGCGACACAAGCAGUGCUUGUGCCUGGCACUGAUUGCGCGUUUGGAGAGCUUCGUGCAGCAACUGGAAGGCUUCCGAAAACUGAGAAGCUUCUGCUUGUUGUGAAGCUCAACAACAACAUGUUGGAAACGUUGAAUGGCUUAGAGGCAGCGCUUGAAAGUGCCAUGUACUCGCCCUUGCAGAACCUCCAGUGGCUGGACGUCUCGUUCAACAGUUUGUCUUCGGUGGAUGCUGAGCUGCUGAAAUUCGUGCAACUCAAGGCAUUGUAUUUGCACGGAAAUUGCAUCGCGAAGUUUGGCAGUAUUCAGAGGCUGCAGAAACUACCGAAAUUGCUGUCCUUGACGAUCAAUGGGAAUCCAAUCCAGUCCAAUCGGAUUUAUCGCACCUACAUCUUGGGCGUGGUGCCACAGAUUCGCGCCUUGGAUCACACCUCGGUGACCUCUGAGGAGGCCAACGAAGCGGCCUCCUGGUACCGAGGCCAUGUGCGGCGCAUGGAGGUUCGAAAGGAGCAGCUGCGUGAACUGAGAGACCAGGAAUGA